AUGGAAGCCGCGGUGGUGAGCGUGUCACACGGAGCCAUAGGCUCCCUUCUUGGGAAGCUCGGCGAUUUGCUCGCCGGCGAAUACAAGCUGCUCAAAGAAGCAAAGGGCGAGAUCAUGUUCCUUAAAGCCGAGCUCGAGAGCAUGCGUGUGUUCCUAGAGAGGACGUCGGACGCGGAGGAGGAGGAGGCUGACAAACAAGAAAAGUGCUGGGCUGAGGAGGUUCGUGACCUGUCUUACGACAUCGAGGACAAUGCCGACGACUUCAUGCUCCGGGUGGAAUGCGAGUCAAAUAGCAAGCCACAUGGCUUCAAGGGGUUCAUUGAAAGGAGCAGGUUCAUUGAAAGGAGCAUGAACUUGCUGACGACAAUCAACACUCGGCAUAAGAUCGGCAAGGAGUUGCAAGGUCUGAAGAGACGUAUCAUGGAGGUGAGCGAGAGGCGCAUGAGAUACAAGCUUGACAGCACUGCCUCAAAGCCAAACAGCACGGCCAUAGAUAUACGCCUGUUGGCGCUCUAUCUGGACGCAGCCUCGUCGGUAUCAAUGAACCGAGGGACGAACUGA